AUACAAUCUUUGAAAUUUUGAAAAUUUUAUUGCUCUAAACAACAAAAACAAAAGUCUUCUCUCCUUACACACACACAGCUCCUUCCAGCUUGGAAAACCUGAGAGUUUUCCAAUUUUAGGGUUUCCAAAUACCCCAAAAAAUUUCCAACAAAAUUCUUGAUUUUUAUUUUGAUUUUGGGUAUGAGAAAAUUAACAUUUACAUUUUUUUCAGGUCAAAAAUUCAAUCUUUGGUAUUAGUAUUUUCUUGAAUUUUUUCAUGUCAAAGUUUCAAAUUGUAAUAAUAUUAGUAUUAGUAUUUUCUUUGAAUUUUUUUCGUGUCAAAGUUUCAAUUUUUAUGAAAUAGCAAUAGUAUUAGUAUUUUCUUGAUUUUUUUUUUGAAAAAAACUUUUUAAAAAAAGUUGUGACCUUUGAAGUGUUCAAGGAAGAAAAAUGCCAGGGCAUAAGUCAAAAUCAGAAAAGGGUGAAGGAGAAAAGUGUUUAAGGAGAGACCCUUAUGAGGUUUUAGGUGUUUCAAGGAAUUCUACAGAUCAAGAAAUCAAAAGUUCUUACAGAAAAUUAGCUUUGAAGUAUCAUCCUGACAAGAAUGCAAAUGACCCUAAAGCAGCGGACAUGUUCAAGGAGGUCACUUUUUCGUAUAACAUUUUAUCUGAUCCAGAUAAAAGGCGUCAAUAUGACUCAGCUGGCUUUGAGGCUGUUGAGUCAGAAAGCCAAGAAUUGGAGCUUGAUCUUUCAAGUUUAGGAACCGUGAAUACUAUGUUUGCUGCUCUUUUCAGUAAGCUUGGUGUACCAAUAAAAACCACAGUCUCUGCAACUGUUCUAGAGGAAGCGUUAAAUGGUUCAGUACCCAUUCAACCACUUCCACUUGGGCAACCUUUGUGUAGGAAGGUAGAAAAGCAAUCUGCUCACUUCUACUCUGUUGCCAUAACAGAAAAGGAAACAAAAGGGGGCCUUGUUUGCCGUGUUCAUUCACGAGAAAAGAGCAAAUUUAAGCUAUUGUACUUUGACCAAGAAGAAAGUGGUGGACUGAGCCUUGCAUUACAGGAAGAUAGUUCAAAAACGGGAAAAGUCACAUCUGCCGGCAUGUAUUUUCUUGGUUUUCCAGUUUAUCACAUGGAUCAAACCCAGACCUUGGUACCAGCCUCAAAGGAUCCAGACUCUGCAUUUUUCAAGAAACUGGAUGGAUUUCAACCAUGCGAGAUAACUGAGCUAAAAGCUGGCACUCAUGUCUUCGCAGUUUAUGGUGACAAUUUUUUUAAAAGUGUGAGCUACAGCAUCGAAGUUGUAUGUGCAGCACCUUUUAUCGAGGAAAAAGAAAACCUUAGAGCAAUAGAAGCUCAAAUUUUAUCAAAAAGGGUGGAACUGUCUAAAUUUGAAACAGAAUAUAGGGAGGUCUUAGCACAAUUUACCGAGAUGACUAGUAGAUAUGCACAAGAAAUGCAAACUAUUGACGAACUUCUAAAGCACCGCAAUGAAAUUCAUGCUUCCUAUACAACUCUUCCCGCGAUGAAACGUAGCAGUAGCAUUCGAAGUAAGAACAAAGGUGGAUUAAAGGAGGCUAGUGUAGAUGGCCCAUUAAGAGAAAAGAAGCCUUCAAGAGACCGGACGAAGAAGAAGAAGUGGUUCAACAUUCCCUUAAAGGUUGACAAAAGGAAACCUUGUUAGAUAGGUUUAUAGAGAAACGUGUUAGCUGAAUGAGUUGGUGCCGAGGUGCACUUUCUUUGUGUCCAAGCAACGAACCUGUUGCAGGACUUCAAGAAUUCUUCUGAGGACUUCACCGAAAGUAGCUAGGCAUCACUAUCGCAAUGAGAUACUGGUAUUUAUGGAACGGUGCGGCACGGGAAGCAAACGAAAAAUUAUGUUGUAAAAUUCUUUCCUCUAUUCUUUUACCAUUUGAUGUUCGUCUCUCCGCAAGACUCACACUUGUAAAUUGCAGUAUUCAAUAACAAGUAUUUCUUGAAUGUGUUUUUGUUUUAAUGUAUUAAAUAAAGUGAAGGAUGCAGGAUUACUGUUUUUCUUUUGUCA